AUGUUCGCAUGGAAAAUGCCUGAGAACAUGCCAAACUUGGCCGAUCGUGUCCGAAAAUAUUUGAGGUGGAAUUGGCAUUCUUCGUCCCAGCAGAAUGAACCGGAUCAAAGUGACGAGCGCUCUACGCAGCCGUUGCCUACGGAAAAGUUGGAGAUGCCCGGGGAAGCCACGCAUCCUUCUGGAACGCCCUCACCGACUUCUCCAGAAAGUCCACCUGGAUUGGAUUUGAAAAAUGGAUCGGGGCCAUUCAUUUCUACCCAAAAUUUCUCCUCUGCCAGCUGUUAUGUUGAAGUUAAGGAAUCCCUGUCCCAUCCCCAUGAGGGCUCACCCGAUAUCAAUUCCCCCUUGAAUCCGUCUGAAAAUGAAACUAGUAAGGGCGCCAAUGCUGGUAUUUCACUUCUGGGCAGAUCUAAAGACCCACAGGAACACCAGACUGUGCCAGAUGGACCCGAUACUGCGCACAUUGCUAAGAUAUUGAGCGCCAACAAUAAAUUAUUAGCCCUGCAGAAUAAGGUUGCCCUUAAAAGAUCCGAGGUACAAGAGCGACGCACGGCACUAAGAUUCAAGAGGGAGGAAGAAGCCGAUAUCAGAGCGCAGUUUAUCAGACAUGUUACCGUGGCUCAAGGUACUCCGACAAGCAUUCAGUCAUUGCUUCAGAACAAUGAAGCUCUUCUUGACGCCACUGGUAUAUACUCGGACAUGGAAGCAGAAUAUAAUAACGCUGAAAGCGAGCUGGAGCGGGACGAGUACACGCUUACUACAGCUAUGGAAGACUUUGCCCGUUUAUCGCAUGGUCAUCAUUCUCUUCCGACGCCCAAUGAGCCGCCCCUAAGUGAUCACGAUGGUUUUAGUGACGUGAGAUCAACUACCAGUUCAACCUCAGAGGAUCCUUCUGAUGUGGUGGACUAUAUAUCCUGUGUAACCGACGUCCGCAUGAUUCAAGAGCGAUUGAGUGAACUGGACAGGGAGUGGUUGUUUAUCCAGGAGAAGAAAGAGGAACGAGAGUCCUUGAAUAUCCCCAUGGACGAUGAGUCUAUGGAGUUUCUUCGCUCCUAUGAAGCAGAAAGGAGAGAGAUCUGCGACGAAUUAUUCCAUAUGCAACAGAAUAUGAAUCAGCUGCGGACAGUUUGCUUCGAAAAAGGACAUUUGACACAAGAGUGCAUCCGGGGCCGUGACUUCGUAUAUGAGCUUUAUCCAGCUGCUCCUCCCAACCAGCCGGAGGAUCCUCUGAAGGCCUCUGUAGAAGAGGAUAUGUCUCCUUUCGACCCUAUCGAGGAGAACGUCAGUCAGAAUAAAUUCGUCAACAAAUGGCUCCUUCACCGGCUUCGACAAUCAAGCGUUGAGAUUGGCCAACUCAAGUCCUUACCCGAGAUCAAAAGCCUAUGUGAUCAGGGGUACGAUGAGCAAAAGGUCAGUCAGUUGUCAUUGAACCAAUGGUUUGAGGACGAGGCCACUGUAUCUCCCCCGCCGCCACCAAUCACUAGUGAUAUGAGCGUUCAGGAGCCUGGAAGUGUUAGGGAUACAGUUUCCGGGAGCCAUUCGAUUUGA